AUGACUCUUUUAGAUAAUAUACUGAAGAAAGCGCAGUCAGUAUUGGUAUUAUCUGAACAUUCGUUAAGUACAAAGCCGAAGUCACCUCCGCCGGAUAGUGAAACGAUUGCUGAUAUUGUAAAGGAAAAGAAGAAACGACACAGGCCUCGAUGUCCGUACCCGGGGGCUCGAGCCAAAGUGGACAGCUCUCCGCCACGCUACUCCGCGCGCCCGCUGUACAUCAAGGUCCCCGACUGGCGUGCGCGCCACCUCAGGACCCAGUACGACAACCUGCAAUUGCUGAUCGCCUUCAAGAAGACGCACUAUGCUCGCGGUCGUGUGGACUGCUGGUGGAGAGUGGAGCCGCAGCCAUUCCGUCACUUUUACUACAACCGCGUCGCGUUCAGCAAACACGUGCGCUUCGAGAACAAACUCUUGCACAAACGCCUUGUUACUCAAGGCCCCAAGGUAGUACCAACAGAGUCUCUCCAACGCGACUGGGCGCGCAACAGGGUGGAUAUACUAAAACGCGCGCGAAAACCGUUCGUGUUGUUCCCGCCGAUACCGCAGGACGAUAUUGAAGAUCCGGCCUUCGUGAAGCCGGAGGGAGUGAAGCGACCGAGAGUAUUCUUCACAAUGCGCGUGGAAGGGUGCGCAGCUAUUGGCGAGCUGGAGGCGGAGCUGUUUACGGACGUGUGCCCGCGCACCGCGAGCUUGUUCGUCGAGCUGCUCGUCGGACACGAGGGCGGGUUCUCCUACGUUGGCACACACUUUUACAGGAAAGUGCCGCACCUGUACUGGGCGGGUGGCGACGUGGUGCACGACAACGGCUUCGGCUGCUACCUGCAGAGUGGUCGCCGGUACCCCAUCGGCGCUGAGAACUACCACUUCUCGCAUUCAAUGCCCGGUUUACUGUCUAUGCGAGUGACGUCAGACAAUGAGAUAUGCGGCGUGUUCAACAUUACGUUCAAACCACUGCCGCAGUUUGACUUGAAGAAUGUGGUUUUUGGAAGAAUAGUCCGUCCUUCAGAGGUUUUCAACAGCAUCACGAAGAUAGGGCGCGCGCUGGCGACAACGCCUCGCGUGCUGUUGUGUGCCUCGAGGAUGAAGAUCCGCGGACAGUGGGUACAAGGCACGCCCAAUACCAGCUUUAUACAGCCUGUUAGGAGAGUAUUUUAACUACGGAAAGGGUUAAGGCCGGGUUUCUACUGACGCGGAGAUGGGCGGAGAAGAGCGGAGAUGCGGAUUUGACCGAUCACAGCGUUCGAGAGAGCGAAAAACGAGGACGCUCUGUCACUCUCUCCCUCACCUAACGCACAAUGGAAACGCAGCCAAGGUCCCUGGGGCAAAUAUACAACAAGUGACGUCAAAAAAGAAAUUGCUCUUUGGAAAAUACAAAUAAUGAAGAAACAUUCCGACACACGCUGUUAAUGAAAUAUGAUUUAUUAUCAUAAGGACAGAUUCUCAAA